ACUCGUCCGACGUGCAUCACUUUAACCUGAUCGCCCCCUGAAGGCAGUAAUGGAUCACUCUUACAAAUGCCAAUAUCUUACAUACACAUACGAUACCGUAGGAAGUUGUUGUUUAGUGUGUAGAAAACGAUGAAAUUAUUAUAUGUGUGAAAUUAAAUACUUCUUCUCACAAAACAACUUUGGAUAAAGUGAUCACUUGGUUUUACAAAUAUGAAAUUAACUAGUUAUUUAUUUCGUCUUAAAAUGGAUAAGGUAUUUUUAUCAAAGUGUAGUUGCGGCAAAAAUAGUUUUUUCGAUGUUUCUGUGAUAGUUUUGUUUGUGUAUAUUUUUGGAUAUGCAAUUCCUAUAACUAGUGCCUUUAAUUUGGAUUUAAAGAACGCUAUUAUUCAGAGAGGUGAAACUGGGAGUAUGUUCGGAUUCUCAGUAGCUCAACAUCUCGACCAAAAUACAGGAUGGAUGUUAGUUGGAGCUCCAGAGGCACAAACAAAUCUACAACCUGGAAUUAUAAGAGGCGGGGCUGUAUAUAGAUGUAAUGUAGAAACUCAAAUAUGUCGAGUCAUUCCAUUUGAUAGGCAAGGAAAUGAUCAACAGUAUAAUGGAACAAAUUAUUUAGACAAAGAAGACAAAUCAUACCAAUGGUUUGGUGCCACAGUAGUUAGUUCUGGUGUAAAUGGUCUGGCAUUGGCCUGUGCACCAAGAUAUAAAUAUCAUUCAACAGCAUUAGACAAAGUAGAACCAGUAGGAACAUGUUACUUAGGUCGGCCAGGGUCAACAUCAUUUACAGAAUAUGCACCCUGUAGAAACUCGGUGGACAAACGACCAAAGGAUAUAAACCAACAUCAUAAACAUGGUAAAUGUACAGCGGGUUUCUCUGCUACCAUUACGUCAAAUGGAAACAGAUUGUUGAUUGGUGCACCAGGGGCUUUCUACUGGCAAGGGCAAGUGUACAAUAUCUACUUAGAUAAAGGAAAUCAAGCUGUAUCUACUAAAGAAGGUGGAAUGUUAUAUGAUGAUUCCUAUAGGGGAUAUUCUUCUGCUGUGGGAAACUUUAAUGAAGAUUCUAUACAGGAAUAUGUAGUUGGAGUGCCUAGAGCAGAACUUCUUCGAGGACAGAUAACAAUCUACACACAGGAACUAGCCAUCAUUAGAAAUAUAACAGGAGAACAGGUUGGAGCAUAUUUUGGUUAUGCCUUAGCUGUACAGGACUUGGAUGGUAACAACCUUGAUGACAUUAUUGUUGGAGCACCACUGUAUUCAAAUUACACCUCUGUAAAUAGCUAUGAUACUGGCAGAGUCUAUGUGUACUACCAAAAUAGACAGAGACAGUUUAAUCCAAAGAAACGAUAUGAUAUAUUAGAAGGACAUGAUGCUAAAUCUCGUUUUGGAGCUGCGUUGACAGGACUUGGUGACAUCAACUAUGAUGGAUAUAAAGAUUUAGCAGUAGGGGCACCAUACGGGGGAAAAGAAGGGAAAGGAGCAAUUUACAUUUACCAUGGUUCUAUGAAAGGAAUUUUAACACAGGUUUCACAAGUUAUACAUGGUGCUGAUUUUCCAUCUGUUAAAAGUUUUGGAUUUUCUUUGUCUGGAGGACUUGACUUAGACAAAAACCAGUAUCCAGAUUUAUUAGUUGGGGCAUAUGAAUCACAGGCAGCACUUCAAUUGUGGGCAAGACCCAUAGUAAGAGUUGCUGCCAGUGUACAACUACAACCACAAACUAUAGAUUUGGAACAAAAAAAGAGUUGCCCUGUUACAUGGAGUCCAACGCCAGUUCUGUGCUUCAAUGUUGGAACAUGUGUAAAGUAUAAUGGUCUUGGUGUUUCUGAGCGACUUUUGUUUGACCUUUCAUGGGAGUUUGAUUCUCUGAAGAAAACCAACAAAAGAGUUUUUCUUUUGGCAACCCAGAUGUCAGAGGAAAUGCUGUUAGAUAAAGAAUUAGAAAGGAAUAAAACAUUUUGUCACAAUUCUUUUGUCUAUAUAAAAAAUGCCGACUCGGUCAGAGACAAGCUAACACCAAUUCAAGUGAAUUUUAAUUUUAAGUUAGCCAAGGAUGAUAUAAAUGAUGUUUUAGGUGGAAGGAAGAAGAGGCAGGCUUUGAAUCUAAAUUUAGAACCUGUACUAGACCAGUACACUCCUACUUUAGUUAAAGCUGAGGCCAAUAUUUUGAAAAACUGUGGUCCAGAUGAAGUGUGUAUUCCCGAUCUGUCAGUAUUACCAUACUCAUUAACAAACCGUGUAACAAUGGGUAAUGAGGACAGCAUAGAUAUCAUAAUAAACAUUGCCAAUAGAGGAGAGGAUGCCUACGAAACUUAUCUUUAUGUGGAUCUACCUAAAGGUGUAGAGUAUAACGGAAUAAGGAACCAGUUUAAUGCUCCAAUCUGUGAAUGGUUAGGUAGAAAUAAUGCAUCAUACAAUUUGGUGAACUGUUCUAUUGGUAAUCCAUUCCAAGCAAAUAGAAAGACUAACUUUACAAUGAGGGUUUACCCAACCAAAGUAGAUGGUCAAUCUAAAGAUUUAGUGUUUUCUUUCAGAAUAAAUAGUACUAAUCCAGAGAAUAAAUUGAACCUGACAGACAAUCAGUUUGACAUUAAUAUACUCCUACAACAGUCUGCUAACCUAACUAUGAUUGGAGAGACAGGAAAUGAUAAAGAACAAGUGGUUUACAAUGAUGUUUUGGUGGAGAAGUAUAAAGACACUGGGUUUGGUCCUACUGUGGUCCAUGAAUAUAAAUUGACAAAUUUAGGUUACAGUGACAUUAAGGGGUCCUUGGUACAUAUUUACUGGCCUAGUUUUGAUGAUUUAGGAAAUAACCUUCUUUAUCUUACCACUGUUCCAACAGUCAGUGAAACAGAGGGAGUAUGUACUGAAGAAAUUUAUACACCUGCUAACAGUACACUUUUGAUAAAGGGAAGAGAAGAUGAAAACUCUGGGGCUUAUAGGACAAAAAGAGCGACAAAGGAUGAUAACACUAGAAGAAUUACAUGUACAAGACAGUGGUGUACAAGGAUUGUAUGUAACCUGAGGUACAUGAAAGAAAGACAGACUGCACUCAUUAAAGUUACUGCUAGAAUAUGGACGGAUACACUAGUAAAGAGGGGAUUGAGUAAAGAACCGUUUCUAUUGGUGUCACAAGCAGUGGCCCAGGUGAAAGAGAUGCCAUACGAUUUACCUACUACAUCAGAAACAUUUAGAGUUAUAAAACAAGAGGUUUUGACAUAUGUAAAUGCAGGCAAAUUAGUUCCAGUCCCUAAGAGUGUAGAACCAUGGAUUAUAGGAGUUGCCAUAGCCGGUGGAUUAUUAUUAUUAUUGCUAUUAAUACUUCUUCUGUGGUGGUGUGGAUUUUUUCGAAGAAAGAGACCAGAAGAUGCUGCAUCAGCUUCUCAAAAACCAUUGGUAUAUAAAAAUGGAAGUCAAGCAAACUAUGGCAAUCAACAAAUGUAUGGAAAUCCUUCAGGAUAUGGAAAUGACCUUAUGUCAAGACCUUAUGAAUAACCAUGUCAUCAAAUGUCAUCAUUACUUCCAUUGUGUCAUUCCUCAACAUUUUUACUAAAUAUUUCAUAAUUGUAGAAUUUAUAUGUAUUUUAAUUUUUAACAUGAACAAGCUUUUUUUAGCUCAUUAAUAAGUUAUUAUUCUUCUUUUGUAUUAAGAAUUGAAUUUAUAGUUUAAAUAAUACAGAUGAAUAAUUAGUACACACUUUAAAACAAAUUCUGAACAGAAGUUAAUUUAUUCAAGUUGUAUUGUUCAUGACUAUGUAAAGUUACUGAUAUCCAGAAAUGUUAUUUUUCAUUUUGAAUACCAGUUUUAUCAAUUUUGUACGAAGAUCUAUUUUGAUCUGUUAAGAAAGCUGUAAUGCCUCUGCUGAGAUUUAAAGCUAUAUACGAUUAUUGAAGUAUUUAGCAAUAUGUUUGUUGCACAGUCUAUGCAUUAUACACAGUUUUAUACAUAUUUGAAAUAAGAUUACAUUGGUUCAUCAUCUCCAUAGUCUUUCACAUAAGAUGUUGUACACUUUUAUCAUUAUGUCUUUUAUCUGAAAAAUUCUACUAAGAUUAUUUGAAAAAGACCAUAAAUCUUUGGUUUUUUUCUUGUAUUGCAAAUAUUUAUAUGUUUAUUACAUAAAACAAUAUUAUGGUAGUUAACAUUUUUUUGUCAUUUGUUAUCAACAAUGUUUUUAUAUAAAUAUAUGCAUUAUAGAUAAUCAAAGUCUUUUUUGUAGAUUUAAGGGAAUUAUACUGGUACAUCAAAGUGUCAUGAUUGUUAUAUACUUUACUCAUCAAUUUUUUAUGCAGCAAAUUUGUUUUUGUAAAGAAUGACUUUUUUUUCUAAAAAAAAUAUUUUGGUAUGUAAUACAUGAAUGAUGAGUAAUGUAAACAUAUGCGUCACAUUUUGAAUUUUCCUCUUACCAAAAUAUUUUAGUGUAAUUGGAAUUCACAUUGAAUUUUACACUUAGUAUUUCAUGAAAACAAGAAAAUAGUAAUUGAAAAGAUUUAUGGAACUUAACUGAAAAGAAUACUGGUUAUUUUUAUGUACAAAUGGUUAAACAAAUGCUUUUAAAGGAUGAAAUUGAUUAGGGACAUUUAUGCAAAGAACAAAAAAAUUAAUAUGAGUUCUAUGUGAUUUUAUAUGCCAAGGAAAUAUUCAGAUAUGAUUUUGAGAUUUCUAAUUAUUGACCUUUGACAGUGUAGUAAAAUAAAUUACAGGAAGUUUCAGAUAAGUUUUUAGUCCCUUUUCGACUUAAGAUGCAGAAUAAACUUAUAUUAUUAUUGUUAUUCCCCCUCUCCGAAUGGAGGGCGUUGUUAAUGUCCAUCGGUCAGUGUCUGUUUUUCUGUCUGUCCGUCCAUCCCCCAAACCUUUUAGGAAUCUGAAAAUAAGAUCUUUCUGAUUUUUUAUAUCAAGCUUCUUGUGAGCAUGCUUUACUGUUUGAUGCAUUUUCAGAUUCAUCACUCAUCAACUUCUGCUUGCUGAAUAAGUAUCCUUAAACAUAAUGGCCAUGUACAAUGAAAGUUUAUUCACAUUUUUAUCAGAAGCUUCCUGAUUUUUUAUAUCAAACUUCUUUUGAGCAUGACUUACUUUGUGAUGCAUUUAAAGAUUCAUAGCUCAUCAGAUUCCUGUUUACAUAAUACCAAGAUAAUCUGUAACAUAAUGGCCGUGUAUGAAAUUUUGGUUGCAUUUUUGACAGGAACUACAAACCAGAGCUUCUUGAAACUUGGUAUUAAGCUUCAUGUGAGCAGGCUUUACUGUGUGAUAGCUUUUCACAUUCAUCACUGAUCAACUUCCUCUUUACGGAAUGCUUGUAUUGUUAGAGAGCAAUUGCUCACAGAUGAACUUGCUAAUAUUAGAAGACAUAUUUAGAGGAAAUAGAAGAAACUGUAAUGUAAUUACAAGUUAUAUUUGAUAGUGCCUAUUUGUGAUAUAUUAUUGUGUGUACAUGUUGUUCAAGUUUAUUUGUGAUAUUUAAUAAGGUUGACAAUUGUAUUAUUGUUGUGUUUUCAUUUGUUUUAAUUGUAUUAAAUAGCUUUUUGACAGCUGUUAACUUUACUGUGUGUUAUAUAACACAAUGUCUAUACAUAAAUGAAAGAAAUAAUGUGUUCAGAAUUGAGCUAGACAUUGAAAAAUCUUAUGGUAUGUCAUCUGAGAUUGAAUACUUAGUUUUGCUGAAGUAAGAGAAUAAUACGUUUCUCAUAUAACAGAGAAAGGUUUUCAGUUUUAUCUUUGUGCCAUUUCUAAAGUAUUAUAUUUCAUUGUAUUUUUUUCAUUAUUCAUUUAUCCAUUAUUGUAUAUUUCCUAGGAAAAAGGUAGACAUGAACAUUUAUCUUUCACUGAUAGCUAAGUGAGAGAGUUAUUUCUUUUCUUCAUUUUUUCUAAAUCUUGUAUGAAUUAAUUAUAUACAGAUUAUUGUCAACCUGAUUAUUCCGUUUUAUGCUGCAGCUAGAACACUUCCUGUUGUCUUUAUCUGCCAAAUAUAGUAACGAAGUGAUAUGCAGAAGCUUCCUGAUUUUUACUGUGUGAUGCAUUUUCAGAUUCAUCACUCAUCAACAAUAUAACGAUUGCAAAUUUUAUAUGUCUUCAAAGCUAAAUCAUGAACUUAAACCUUUAAACAAAGCAUCAGUCCAGAUACAUAUGAUUUGAUGUGUGGUUGUGUACAACCUGUGAUGUAUAUAUUAUAUUUAUAUGACAAGGAUGUCCAUUGGUAAACAUGGAUAUUUUGUGAAAGUGCAAUAAACCAAAAUGGAGAUAAAUCUACACAUGAUGCAUGUCAAUAGCAGAUGUAUUUCUUUCUAUGGUUGAUAUAAAUUGAUAGAUAUAUAUAUAUUUUGCAAUGUUGAUUUCAUGUCGCAUCACUUUUCUUCACAAUUUUGGGUUCGUUUAGGAGUGAAAAACUUCCUGUUGUCUUUAUCUGCCAAAUAUAGUAACGAUGUGAUAUGUCAUGCAAUGUUGAUUUCAUGUCGCAUCACUUUUCUUCACAAUUUUGGGUUCGUUUAGGAGUGAAAAAUUGUUAUAACAUUUUUUAAAACUAUAAUUAACGCCAUUUUUAGCUGCAGUAUAAAAAUAAUAUAAUAUUAGGUCAAUGUAUAUCUCAUUGGUAUUUAAAACGGCAAUAAAAUUCCAAUGCCCAAGAGUGAAUGACAAAUUGGAAACUUUACUGGUCAUGUUGAAUUUUUACUAUUUCACUAUUUAAGUGUCUAUAAAAUUCAUUGAUCUAUUGACUGUGGAUUGAAGAAAAAUCUCAUGUUUUCUCAAACUUAACGAUUGUAAAUUUUAUAUGUCUUCAAAGCUAAAUCAUGAACUUAAACCUUUAAACAAAGCAUCAGUCCAGAUACAUAUGAUUUGAUGUGUGGUUGUGUACAACCUGUGAUGUAUAUAUUAUAUUUAUAUGACAAGGAUGUUCAUUGGUAAACAUGGAUAUUUUGUGAAAGUGCAAUAAACCAAAAUGGAGAUAAAUCUACACAUGAUGCAUGUCAAUA